AUGAUUUCAGAAAAUACUGCGACGGGUGUGAUGAAAGCGGGUAAUUCGUUCACAAUUGAGCCGAUGAUAAACGCUGGCAGUUAUCACGAUGAUCGCUGGCCAGAUGACUGGACCGCUGUUACGACUGAUGGCAAGCGAUCCGCUCAGUUUGAGCAAACUCUACUCGUAACAGAAAACGGUUGCGAUGUGCUGACAGCUCGUGAGGGUAAUCGACCAUGGUUCAUGGAUCAAAUUGAUAAAUGGUAUACUAAAUAG